AUGUCGAAAUCACCACCCCUCAAGAAAAUGACGGCAAUUCGCCCGAUUCCCGAAGCCGUCAUGGAAAGUUCGGAUAGUAGUGACUCAUGUGCUACAACCAGCAAUAAUAAUGACAUGAACUUAAGCCUGUACAAACCGAGUUUUAAAUACAACGAUUUCGUUAACAAACUGGACUCUUAUAAUAAUAACCAGUUGCUACUACCUACGCAGUUUUAUAAGACGCUGCUUGCUAAAGCAGUGUUAUCAAGCAAUGAUGAUAAAAGCAACGUGUAUAAAAAUAUGUUUUUUGGAAAAGAUCGAGAUUUUGAUCAGAAAGCAUUUGGUUGGGAUGGCAGCCAGACUGGUGGAAAUCCUUCAGGGCCACAAUCAGGUGGUGUUGGAGGGCAGGGUGCUCAAGGACUGGUCCAUUGGAUGAGUGUUAUGGCGGAACAUAUGGACCCCUCGAUGUCCCAUUAUAUGCCCUGGAAUCAAGAGUCGUUGCAUCAUCAUUAA